AUGCACGCGUCCGUGAUUCUCGGCGCUGGCCUCGCCAUCCGUGCCGCCGCUGCCGUUGCCGUCCCUACCCCCAGCGAGCCUCCCGUCCUGCGCCGCGACUACGACAAUAACGACAACCUCCCUGCCGCUCCCUGGGUCACCGUCGACGACAACGGCAACCCCAGCAAGACGUUUACUCCCGUCUUCACCACCAUUAGCGGCACGCCGUCGGGCAUUGACCCGGCGCCUCACGACCUCACAGCCUCGGUGUACACUCUGACUAGUUUCGGGCACCUUUCCACUAGCACUGGUUUGCCGCCUAACCCGACUGCGACCAAUGCCGGCACGAACCAGGGCUCCUUUUCGCGAUGCUACAACAAGAACGGGCCGUAUGCGCCAUUCUGCCGCCCGUCGUACAAUUCCAGCAUUUACACUGGAAACACAUAUUACGUCACCUGGGACCCGGACUACUACAACAAAUCAGCAGCCACCCUCAACUCAACCUACUUUGUCAGCGUCCGCCUCGACUACCUCAACACCACCAGUAACGAGUACGUGCUCCUCGAGACGAUCGACAAGAGCGUGCCUGCGAAAUGGGGCUACUUCCCGCUCGCCGUGGACGGCAAAUACCUCAAGGGCCAGAAGCACACCAACAACAUCACCAUUACCCUCAUGGGCCACGACACGGAAAACAGCAUCGCCUACAACAACAAGUCCAUCCCGCUGCCCGUCGUUGUCUCUAACCCGCCCCUGGACCCUACGGCGCCUAGCAACGCCCCCAAGGGCAAAACCCUCACCAUUGCUCUACCCGUGACCUUGGGCGUUAUUGCCCUCAUCCUCGUCGGCGGGUGCCUCUGGAACCGCAAGACGCGUCGCAUUGAGCUCGGCAAUAUCAUGAGCCGCUCUCGGCAAGGAUACACGGGCCGCAGGACGCGGAAGCUCUUCAAUCGCAGUCGCAAGGACAAUGGCAUCCAGCUGGAUACCGCGCCGCUCUCGCCCCCGCCGUUUGACUACCGCGAUACUGUUCCCGAGAGAGCUAGACGCGACAGCGACGCUCUAGGUAGCCUGACUGGAAGCCCCGUCCGUGGAACCUUUGAAGAGCCCGGCAGCACCGGGGGACGAAACACGUUCCGGGACGAGGUUCGACGGCAGGAGCGUGAGAGACGGGGCGACUUUUAG